AUGCCCAAGCUGCUGCCGGCGCAGGAGGCGGCGCGGAUCUAUCACACCAACUACGUGAGGAACGCGCGCGCCAUGGGGGUGCUCUGGGCCCUCUUCACCCUCUGCUUCUCCAUCCUGAUGGUCGUGACCUUCAUCCAGCCCUACUGGAUCGGCGACAGCAUCGACACGCCGCAGGCCGGUUACUUCGGCCUCUUCUCCUAUUGCAUCGGCAACGCGCUCACCGGAGAGCUCAUCUGCAAGGGCAGCCCCCUGGACUUCGGCACCAUCCCCUCCAGCGCCUUCAAAACCGCCAUGUUCUUCGUGGGCAUCUCCACCUUCCUCAUCAUCGGCACCAUCCUCUGCUUGAGCCUCUUCUUCUUCUGCAACGCAGCCACGGUGUACAAGGUCUGCGCGUGGAUGCAGCUGGCGGCGGCCACGGGGCUGAUGAUUGGGUGCCUGAUCUACCCUGAUGGCUGGGACUCGAGCGAGGUGAAGCGCCUGUGUGGGGACAAGACAGACAAGUACACGCUGGGCGCCUGCACGGUGCGCUGGGCAUACAUCCUGUGCAUCAUCGGCAUCCUGGACGCCCUCAUCCUCUCCUUCCUGGCCUUUGUGUUGGGGAACCGGCAGGACAACCUCCUCCCCUCUGAUUUUCAAGUGGACAAUAAAGGUAAAGGCAGUUAG